AUGGCCGUUGCGAAACUGGCUGCAGUACUUCUUGGGGCCGUAUGCCUCAAGGCAGCGGCAGCCUUUGUAGCGGGUGUAUUACUUGGUGAAGAUGCAAACAAAAGCUCACUUCGCGAAGAUAGUUACGAUCACUGA